UGUUCAAAAAGGUGUAGAAAGUUCAAUUUAAUAAUUUUCCAUAUAAACGAAUGACAUCAACAAUGAAAGCCCGUACUGUUAUUGUUCUGAAAGCCGAAUCCGAUUCGACUGACUAUUACGCCGAACAACUGCGCGAAAACAAUUUCAAUGCAAUAUUCGUACCGACUCUGGGAUUUGGAUUCAAAAAACUAGAUGAACUCCGCCAGAAGCUAAUAAAUGCGGAACAAUAUGCCGGCAUUAUUUUCACCUCACCGCGGUGCAUAGACACAGUGCGCGAAGCAUUGCAGGCGAGGGAAAUGCCAAAGAGUUGGCAUUUGUUGCAUAAUUAUGCUGUUGGCGAGGUCACGCAUAACUUGGCCAUGACGAAGCUAGAACAGCUGUUUACUCGCGGCAAGGAGACUGGCAAUGCAAGUGCUUUGGCUGACUAUAUUAUCGAGACAUUCGAUGGGGAUAAGGAGAAGCCAUUCCUGUUGCCGUGUGGUAAUCUCAGAACUGAUAUUCUGCUCUCUAAGUUGGGUGUUGCCGGAUUUCUGGUUGACGCAGUGGAGGUGUAUGAAACCAUAUGCCAUCCGGAGCUGGGUGAAACUCUUGAUAGGGCUUUGAAGGAAGAUAAUGUUGAGUUUAUGGCUUUCUUCAGUCCAUCGGGAGUGAAUUGUACUGUCGACCACUUUGCCAAGAACAACUUGAGCUUCGAGGGGAAGAAAUUGAUAGCAAUCGGGCCCAGUACCCGCAAGUGCAUUGAAGAACGAGGCCUUAAGGUAUACCGGACCGCCGAACGGCCAUCAGUGGAAUAUCUCAUCAAGGUUCUUAUAAAUCCCGAUGACUGCAGACCUAAGUUGGAGGAUUAAAUGAGAUGCCCUGCAGGUGCCCUUAAUAAGAUUGAGAAGAAUCUUAUAGAAUCUCAUCCCACCUCCAU